AUGAGCGCCGUCCCUACCCCCCCACCCGCUGAUGGCCCACCGUCAACCCCGGAACCCCCAUCGGUGUUGCUUACUAUCUCUGCUUUACCAGUAAAGCCAGCUCUCGUUUCAAGUUUGGAGAUCGACGUGGAACAUUACGGUGCAUUCCCUCGUAAACAGCAUCCGGACCCACCUUCUGCCACUCAAAUAUCGCGAGAUCCCCCUCCGCUUCCAACUCGUGGCCGUCCCUCUCGCAAGGCCAAGUUGGAUGCUCUCAUGGCAAUCAAUGCAAGAUCGGAGUCUCCGGAAAUUCCCUCUGUCCAAGCGCCCGCGAGAGGUAUGGUCUCCGUAAAUGCACCCAGCGUGGCAUUUUCGAAGAGACCGGAGUCGAUCCAGGCCCCGAAACUCAACAUGACGAAUAUCAAGCAAGCCAACGACCCCAAACCAAAGUCCAGAGGGGAUGGGGGCAUAUUUGGGCUCGAGGAAUGCCCCACCUUCAAACCUACGGAAGCCGAAUUUCGAGAGCCUAUGCGAUACAUCGGUUCGAUCGCACCGAUCGGAAAGCAGUAUGGUAUAUGCAAGAUCAUCCCUCCUGAAGCGUGGCAGAUGCCUUUUGUAACUGAUACUGAGAGCUUCCGUUUCAUGACUCGUCUUCAACGACUCAAUUCUGUUGAGGCGACUGCACGAGAUCGGAUUAAUUUUAUGAUCAAGCUCAAUCAAUUUCACAAGCAGCAAGGGGAUGACCGUGUUACUGUGCCGACGAUCUCGCAUCGGCCCUUGGAUCUUUUUGAGUUUCGCAAGGAAGUUCAUUCGAGGGGAGGCUAUGAAGGUGUGAUCAAGGAUCGCGCAUGGGCCGAAGUAGCGAGAAAGCUUGGGUAUGGCCAGGGAGGCGUCUUGUCGACACAGCUCAAGCAGGCUUAUCAGCGUAUCAUCUUGCCCUACGAUAAGUUCGAAGAACAUGUACGUAAUUCUCCUGCCCAGUCUCCCUUGACUCCGAGAAAGAAGGGAGGGGCACAUUUCGACACACCGUCGAGUUUAGUGGGACGAAAGGCCCGCCUUCCCCGUAUGUCUGUCUCGAGAACGCCACUUCGGCCCACCCGAUCGGCAUCCAGCGGUUUGGCAACGCCGGUCCCUCAGCCUGGAUUUUCCAGUCCUUUGUCUGAGCCACCCGAGGGCUUCGAAUUUGAAGAAGAUCCGUCCCGUAAUUCCAGGAAGGAAAACAAGGUGCUGGACGGUGGGGGAGAAGACAUAGGGAUGACCGAUCUCAUGCCGCCCUUUGCUCAAAGUCAACGAGAGGAAAGGGCUCAAAGCCCUGAUAUUCGCCUUGAGCCACUCCAACCUGGUGAUGCUUGUGAAAUCUGCAGGAUAGACAAUGAUAACACCAACAUGCUUCUCUGUGAUGGAUGCGAUGCCGCGUUUCAUAUGUACUGUCUGGACCCGCCUCUUACAUAUAUUCCCAAGUCUCAGUGGUUUUGCCAUGCUUGCCUCUUCGGUACCGGUGGAGACUAUGGCUUUGACGAGGGUCAGGAGCAUAGUCUGGAGAGUUUUCACAUGCGAGAUGUAGAGUUCAGCAAGAAAUGGUUCGAUGCUCAUCCCCCGUCAGCCGCAGAUCAGGAACAGAUGAAUGAAGGGGCUAGGGUCAUAGGAGAUGGCCUGCAAAAGGUUACGGAACGUGCUGUAGAGCGGGAAUUCUGGAGGCUGGUCGAAUCUCGUACGGAGACGGUAGAGGUUGAAUAUGGAGCAGAUGUUCACUCAACUAUUCACGGAAGUGCCUCCCCCACGGUUGAGACUCAUCCACUAAACCCAUACUCCCGUGAUGGAUGGAAUCUGAAUAACCUACCCAUCUUGCCCGAUUCGCUCCUCCGCUACAUCAAGUCCGAUAUCUCUGGCAUGACAGUCCCUUGGACUUACGUUGGUAUGCUCUUUUCUACGUUCUGCUGGCACAAUGAGGAUCAUUAUACCUACAGUAUCAAUUUCAUGCAUUGGGGUGAAACGAAAACUUGGUAUGGCAUUCCCAGUGACCAUGCGGACAAAUUUGAGAACGCCAUUCGCAACGCUGCCCCCGACCUUUUCGAGACGCAGCCUGAUCUACUUUUCCAUUUGGUGACUAUGAUCAGCCCUGAGCGUCUGAAGAAGUCCGGCGUUCGUGUUUCUCAAUGUUUGCAACGUGCUGGGGAGUUUGUUAUCACAUUCCCGCAAGCCUAUCAUUCGGGAUUCAAUCAUGGAUUCAACCUGAACGAAGCCGUUAACUUUGCUCUUCCUGAUUGGUUGCCUCGUGAUCUGGCGGCUGUGCACCGGUAUCGGAACUACCUUAAACCUCCGGUCUUUUCUCAUGACGAGCUGCUUAUAACGAUCACCCAAUAUUUCAUGAAUGUCAAGUCUUCAAUAUGGUUGGAAAUCCCAGUCAAGGAGAUGUAUCUCCGCGAGAUGGGACUACGUCAAAAGCUCCGAGUGGAAUACCCUGAAAUCGACCAAGUCGUGGACGACAAUGAUCGUCCGGAAGAAGAAUACCAAUGUCAUCACUGCCACGCAUUCUGCUUCUUAGCCCAAGUCAUCUGUUCCUGCACCUCUAACGUGGCUUGUCUUGACCAUGCCAACAAAUUAUGUUCAUGUGAACCCGGCAAGAAGAGCCUACGCAUGCGAUUUGCGGACGAUGAGCUCACGACUCUUCUGAACAAGAUUUGUGAAAGGGCGGCAGCUCCAACUGCCUGGCGACAAAAAUUCCACAAGACCCUCGCGGCAUCAUCACGUCCACCUCUCAAGAGCCUUCGCACACUUGUUACGGAAGGAGAGCGUUUUUCCAGCGAACUUCCCGAGUUAAUCACACUCAAGAGAUGCGUGGAGCGCGCGAAUCGUUGGGUGGAAGAGGCAAGUGCCUUUACGACUCGCAGGUUCCAUGCUCGCAAACAAAAGCUUCGGACGACCCGGCGCAGUGCAUUAGAGGAGAAGGGCGCUGGUACGCCUCCACCGGACAACGAGACGCUCAAGGGUGUGGAGGAAAUCGAGAGACUCAUCAGGGAGUACGACACUUUGGGUGUGCAAAGCGACGAUUUCCCUGUUCUCGUGGAUGUACGUGAGCAAGCGAUGAACUUCGCCGCCAAUGCGCAAGCCGUGUUAUUACACACUUCUGAAGACGAGAAUCUGGUGGAAUGCGAAGCGCUGCUUGCGCAGGGCUCAUCCCUCAACGUGCGAUUGAAGGAAUAUGGCCUCCUGGACAAGAGGGUGAAGCGCGUGAAUUUUAUGAGCGAAGUGGCGACGUUUGACUCUCGCGUCCUGUCUCUGGAAGACAUCACGAACUACGUCAAUCGGGCUUCCGCAUGCGAUAUCCCACAAACGCACCCCAUCUUACGAGAGCUUCAGUCACAGAAGGCUGCUGGUGAAGUUUGGAAAGCACGAGCAUUACAGUGUGUCGAAGCGCCCGUGAUAUCUUUGGCCGAACUCGAAAGUGCUUUGGCGCGACCAGCGUGGAUACCCAUUGAUAGCGCUCUCCUUACAAAGAUGGAGAAUCUGCGAAACAAAACGGCAAUCCUCGAGGAUCAAGCGAGAAUUGUUUUGACUCACAUCCCUAUGAACCACGACUCUCUCCCUACAGUGGGUGACAUGCGCAAGUUUUUAUUAAAAGCGGAGGGCAUUUCAAGCACUCAUCUUGACCUGCUGCGAGCCAUCGUGGACCAAGCACUUGAUCUUGAAGCAAGCUUUGAACUGCUGUUAACCGAACCGCAUGUUGGCUUUGACUCUGUCAAACCCUUGCGCAGUAUGGACCAACUCCGAAGAACAUGUGAUUAUGCAGAAGAGCAUCUCUGCAAUCAUAUGAGGCUACCCUGGGUGGAGCGUAUGACGGCCGAACUGGAUGAGCAUGAAUCUUGGCUAGAAGAAAACCCAGCCUGGCUGAGGACAGGUCAACAAAGGCCCCGUAACAUGCGGAACGAGAUUUUGGAGAUGUUGCGGUACUACAAACGCAGCAUUCCUCGCGAAUGCAGCUGCAUUUGUUUAGAACGCUCAAGCCCUAAAGGUCCCAUGAUGUUACCGACCAUGAAGUGCCACAACUGCCAGGCAAAGAUUCAUGUUGAAUGCAAGAUGACAUCGUGUCCAUUUUGUGAUCCCGGUAACUGGACCCCAGAGUAUUUGAACCAUUUACGCGAACAGCUGCGUAAACCAACACCCUUUUACGAAUUGGUGCACAUUACGAACAGAGCACCCACUCUGACACGCAAAUUCUGGCGCGAUUAUGAAGACAUGAAGAAAAUCAUUGUGAAUCUUCAGAAUUUCCUGGACGAAGUGGAUCUCUUCCUUCAGGGUCAGCAUAACUACGAGGAUAUCUAUCGCAUUCGCUGCUAUAUGCGUGCCAUAUACUUCCUCUAUGUGGAUUGGGUUGCACCCGACAGUGAUGAACUUCCCCCACAACAGCGUUUGUCCGUGUUAUACCGACGGCUGGUCGAGGAACACAAGGAUCUUCUUCGGAGUCCCCAGCCUGCCAGAAGGCCGAGACGCCGGGACCCGGAGUUCUUUUUCCGGGAAGAUGAUAUCUUCUGUCUCUGCGCUCACGAAGAUCUGAACCACCCUACGAUCACAUGUCCUCGGUGUGAUAAAGUGUAUCAUAGAGAACAUGUGGGCAUGGGUGCAGAGACGCCCGACAACUGGCGCUGCUUACUUUGCUGUGUGCGGGCUGGGAAAGAUUAUCAUAACACAGUGGUGUCUGUCAUCAUGGGACAACUUGCAUCUCCUGUCUAUUUGGACUAUAAAGAAACAAUAAAGCAAGGGAAGGGUCCAAUUCUCCUGGACAAAGAUCCCAAUUUAGGAGAUGCCAAUGGACACUACCACCUCCAAUGCACCCGCCUAGUAGAGGGCAAACCUCUCGAAGGAGCCGCAUCCCAAAUGCCACCUCACAUGCAUUAUCCCAUGCCAAUGUUGCCUAUGCCUUACCAUGGCCCAGCUCCGUACAUCGACCCCGUGAUGGAUCGUCCCACCAAGAAAAGGCGCAUGGACCUGCCUGAUGUUCCUCACCAUGCCCAGGGGAUGCCUUUUAUGCGCUCUAUGCCCAUCAGUCUUCCAACACUGCCGCUCGGGAGGCAGAAGGAUGGUGGUGACCGUGCUGGUGGUCCUUGGAUUCAGGGAAAGCCUGCAGAUAUGCGGCCAUCAGGCCGAACUCCCCCAGAAUAUAUGCGUCAUUCGGGUCUACCUCGGCCGGAGCCACCGAGCGCUUCCGCUCGAUAAAAUUGGACACUCAUUGAUACUUUUCAUCUUCCUGUUGGUUCUUCUUUUCGGUGGCCUUGACCUCUCUCAUAGCUGCCCAGAGUGCACCCUUUGUCUUCACUUCUGUUGUACAGUUAUC